GGGGAACACGCCCUCCCCCGAAUAUUUUCAAAAAUUAUAUGGAAAUAGGAAAUAACCAGUAGGGGCAUGGCUGUGCCCCAUAAUCUGUAUCUGUAUUCCCCCCCUCCCCCCAAUCUUUCAAGGCCUCCUACGGCCAUGGAUUUCAUGACCCUGUGAGUGAUGUGUUGAUGGUGAUCACAUACAGAUAAUGCAAAUCCAGUAGGAUGGUCACAUACAGACAAGCAGAGGUUAUUCCACUUAUAAAAUUCUCCUAUGCAAAGUCUUUCUUGGUAAAACCUGUGGAGCCAAUAGGCCAUUCCAGCUACAAGUUCCUCAACUUAAAAUACUGCGCACACUUAAACAAAGCAUGCGCUGCAUGACUGCAGUUCAGGUAGGUUUCCAUGAGUGAGCGCUCAUGUUUAUAGCUGGAAUAGCCUAUUGGUUGCAUAAAGUUUCAGUUCCAAACAGAGAAAAUGAUGAUAGAUGGGGCAAAGAAGGACUGGAACUCUCUUUUCUUAUGCGUGGAGCCAAUAGGCCAUUCCAGCUAUAAGUUUGGAACACGUAGAAACCUACCUCAACUACCAUAAUACAGCGCACACUUAAACAAAGCCUGUGCUGCAUGACAGUAGUUCAGGUAGGUUUCCAUGGUGUGCUCAUUAGCCAGAAUGGCCUAUUGUUUGCAUAAAGUUUCAGGCCCAAACAAAGAAAAUGAGCAUACUGUAGAUUGGGCCAUGAAGAAAUGGAACUCUCUUUUUUAUGCCCCAUCUAUUGUUGUUUCUCCUUUAGGUGAUUGCACACAUGUUCUGCUCCCCCCCCCCCCCCCCCCGUUUAUUCUGAAUGUUAGGUUAGCAUGGUUUGUAGCUGCUACCCUGUUGUGCUGUGAUCCAUCUCAACAUCCUCUAGGAAACAGAACUGUAUUAUGAAAACAGAAAAUGAUAAAUGUCAAAACAAUUCUUGAAUCUUUUAAUAACAUUCAGUGAGGUUAAAUUAAGUGUGUAUGUUAACACCUGGUGGUGUAAAUUGAUAUUUCUUUUUUUCCACUAGCUAAGUUUGAUAGGUCAUAGUGUUUGUUUUGGUGCGAAUAAAUAUUUCCUAUUAAGUUAUUAGUCUUUGUUGUACAUUAGAAUUAAAAGCUUCUAUUUCUGUAGGUUUGAUUAAAGUAAUAGGUGUUUUGGAAUGCACAUACUGUGUGCAAACGGAUUUUUUUUAAGCAAUGAAGUUUUUAAAAAUAUUAUAAUGCUGAUGUUGGUACAAGUAUGUCUGUUGAGAUUGCAUGUUUAACUGCAAUGAUGUUUUAUUAAUUGCAUACAUUACACCUGCCUUAAUAAAGAGCUAUUCAAACAAAUAAAAUAGGAUAAGCUCUUUUAGCUAUUGCAGCAGACUACAUAAUUCAAGUAAAAGAAUAAAUUACUUCACUUAAUUAAGGACUUUCAAAUAUGCUUAUAUUCACAGGCUAGAAUAAAAGUAUUAACUGAUUAAACUGAAGCUUUCAAUUUUUUUUCUUUUGUAAUCAGUAUUCUGUGUCAAUUUAUAGAGACGAGAAGUUGAAACUAUCACUGUUAUGGCUCAGUUUGCGAUAGGUGACAUGUACAAGAAAGGCUAAAAUGACUUAUUCAAAAUGAGCUAAUUGCUAUAGAGACGUCGACAAAAGCUCAAGAAUUAAUAAUUAGUUUUGAUCACAUGACCACGGAUGGCCAAUCGCAUUACUGAACUCUGCAAGUGGGAUGAUCCAACUUCUCCUGAUUACUAACGCAAAUAUGCGAUGAAUUACUGUCGGAAAUUGGUUUGAUGUCAUAGUAGAGACAUAUCGAGGAGAUAUUGUUCAACAUUGAGGUUUGAAUUGGAGGGAUACCGUUUUCCUGCCUUUUUCAUGGCACUUAUCUCAAAGAUUAAGUCCACUGGAGGAGAACAUCUUCAAACUUUUUAAAACAAAAACAGGAUUUAAAAAGAUUCUCAUAUAGAAUUCUAAUCAUGUAAAGUUGAAUAACUAAAACCCUAAACAAGCAGAAAGAAGUCAACGCAAAAGCUGAUAACAGGAACUUGCUUUGAAUAUGAGUGUCGAGGUACAACACCAGGCUCAACUUUCUAGUCACAAGUGGAAUGUUUCUUGUCUGGAAUUUAGCCCUAAUGGGUUAUUCUUAGCAUCGGGAAGCUGGGAUAAGACUGCGGUUAUUUGGAAUCUUUGCACGUUGGAGCCAUCGUUGACGUUUAGACACCACACAGAGCCCGUCACAAGUCUUUCAUGGCAAAAGCUGACGUCAAAAUCAGAACUGGGAAUACUAGCGACCACUUCAUCAGAUAAAACCGUCGCUUUAUGGAAUUCCGAUAAUGGAAACUUACUCAAUAACCUAACACACCACAGUAGCUGGGUUCUCGGCUCGGACUUCAACAAUGAUGGCAAACUCUUAGCAUCGGCUUCUUGGGAUAAAUUUGUUAUCAUCAGCGAUGUACCAACUGGAAAGCCCGUGAACACUCUUGCGGGCCAUACUACAGGAGUAUGGACCUGUGCGUUUAAUCCUGAACGGACCGGGGACAUUCUUUGUUCGGGAGCUGAUGAUGGCUCGCUGAAACUUUGGGAUAUUCGGAGCAAUUCUGUGGUCAUGUCGCUUGUUGGUGGGCACGACGACCGAGUUAAGAGUUGUGCGUGGUCACCUAACGGGGAAUACGUUGCAUCCAGCUCAGCAGAUGGAAGGGUCACCCUGUGGGAGCCUCGUCUUGGUACAGCAUUGAGUAAGAUCCGAGCUCACGAGGACGCCGUGACGCACGUGGAGUUCUACCCGUUCGUGUCGACGAACUCAGUCCCUGUACUGUUCACAUCAGGAGGGAGGGCGUGCCGGGUGUGGCAUCCAUUCCGUAAGCGCAAACAACUGGAGAGUAUCAAGCCGCACAAAGCUGGAGACGAGGUUGAGGCGUUUAGCAUCUCCCCAGACGGUACCCUUCUCGCUACUGGUGGCAGCGACAGGAAUAUUGUGCUGUCUGCUUUGGAGAUAUCCCUUGAUGAGGUGGAUGCGCUGCCUAUAGACUCCCCAGAGAAGAAUAUCAACCAUGGCACGAUGCUAUGGAAGAAAUACGCGAGGAAAAUAAUCGAACACACCAUGGCGAUAGAUUCAAAAUCAGUUAUUCCUGAUCUGGACGGUUCGAGUGUCUCCCAGAACACAGCCAUCUUGGUGGAGAAGGCCGUCCAUCGACAGGAAAACCCGAAAAAGAUAGAGAAAGCCACCACCCCCACGGCAACACCUGCUCGCGGCGAUAAGCUAACGGCGGAACCGGAAGUGAUUUUGCAGCAGCAGAUCCGAAAGUUGAGGCCAGGUAGCAUGCUGGAGCCGGGAGGGCAGGAGACAUUAUCGAAUGAACCCACGCGACAUGUACCCCCUCCCAGCCCGUUUUUGAACAGACAAUUGAAGGAGGCGCGUCAGCAGUUAAGGAAGGUGAGCAAAACGUCGUCUACAGGGAGCGGCGAAUCACGCAACAGCUCUGAAACCAACGGCUUGGAUGGGGUCGUCACCAACACUUCAAAGCAGGCCAACGGUUUCCAUAGCGACUCUGACGACGGAGUGACAAUUGCCGUUGAAAACUCGUUUUCGACCAAUAGGAGCCCGCCCUUGAUAAAUGGGCGUUUCUCUCGCCGUGAUCAUAAGGCAGUGAAGGUGCAGUCCUCUGCGCUGCACCGUGAUUUUUCCAUCGGGGAGGGGCAAGGGUCAUACCGGCGAGCGUCCAAUGCUUCCAGCGGCAGUGACCCCAUCGGAACCAUCGUAACAGUAGAUGACGAAUCCGGGGGAAGCGUGAGCAGUAGCAGCUACUACGCUGAUAUUGACGAUCAGGAGAAUGAAUUCGCUCGACGCUUUCAAACCGUACACAGGUUUUGAGUAUUGUAAUGUUUGUUUUCAAUAGAACCCAAACACAAGCGCGAUACAAGUGGGAAUCGGUCAAACACAAGCGCAACACAAGUGAGAAUCGAUCAAACACAAAAGCAAGCGAACAAAAUCAAGCAGUUGCGUUCUCUUGUGCUUGCGCUUGGGCCUUGCGUGAACAGCGAAACAGCUUUAGGGUUUCACGAGGGCCACGAUUCACUAAACUACCAUAAAAGAGAAGCCGGAUGCUAAUCUUGGAAGUCCCACAAAAGUUUUUAUGGCCCCAUGGACAUAUACACUUUCAUGCUACAAAAAUAAUUUUCUCUAAUAACUAUAACUAUAUAUAGUUAGAAAUGGUAGAAAAGGUUUAUAUUUUAUUUCACAUAGAAGCUUCAUUCAAAUUGUAAUGCCCAUAGCAUUCAAAUGAUCAAUAACCUUCCUCGCUUUAGCGAAGCUGAGAUUGCGAUAAGAAAUAUACUUUAUUUCUGUACUUGGCUCACCCAACACUUGUUUCCUGUUCCGCCUUAGGGCUGGGUCAUGUCAGAACAGGGUGGGGCACACGGAAUAAGGCACCGACAUAGGAAAUAUGUCGUGUAGGAAAACACGACAAAAAAAUGUAAAUAAUUUCCUCUGAGAGUCAGCUAAAACCUCCAGCUAUUUCAUUACUAAUAGCAUUUUAAGCAUGAAAUAAAUCAGAUACAACACUGUUUUGUAAAUGUCUCUAGCAAAAUAAAGUUCUUACAUACACGUU